AUGCUGAAGGAAGUCGGCUGCGGCGGCACCACACCCCCGCCGGGGGACGGGGUCGGCGGCGGGGGGCGCGGAGGCGGCGGUGGUGGCGGUAUCGUCGAGGGUGCCCUCGGCUGCGGCGGCUGUGGACGGGAGAUCGCCGAGCGCUGGUACCUAAGGGCGGCCGAUCGCGCAUGGCACUGCGGCUGCCUGCGCUGCUGUCACUGCCGGGUCCCCCUGGCCACCCAGCUUACCUGCUUCGCCAGGGACGGUAACAUUUACUGCAAAGAGGAUUACUACAGACUAUUCGCGGUGCCGCGGUGCUCCCGCUGCCGGGCCGGCAUUUCCGCCUCGGAGCUGGUGAUGCGAGCGCGCGACCUGGUGUAUCAUGUGGCGUGUUUCACUUGCGCCUCGUGCGGCACCCCGCUGAACAAAGGCGAUCAUUUCGGCCAGCGGGACGGACUGGUGUAUUGUAGACCACACUACGAGUUGCUGUGCUGCGCCGGCGAUUACGGGGGUGUCGCCGCCGGCGGUAUCGAGGACCUCGGCUCGCCGGGGGUGUCGCCGCUGCCGGCCUACUACGAGCAGAGCCCGAUCACCGCUUCCGGCGCGGUGCAGAAGGGCCGGCCGCGGAAGCGGAAGCUGUCGGAGGUCACCGGCUCCGAGCUUCCCGUCACGAUGAGACUGGCCGCCGGAGCGCUCGAACUGCUGCAUCCUACGGAGCUGUCCUCGUCGAUGGAGUCGCUGGCCGCGUACGACGCGUCCGUGGGCUCCCCGGGACCGGUGCACCAGAACCAGCGGACGAAGCGUAUGCGCACCAGUUUUAAGCACCACCAGUUGCGAACCAUGAAGAAUUACUUCGCCAUAAAUCAAAAUCCGGACGCCAAGGAUCUCAAGCAGCUCGCGCAAAAGACCGGCCUGUCGAAAAGGGUAUUACAGGUGUGGUUCCAAAACGCGCGCGCGAAAUGGCGACGGAACCUGAUGCGGCAGGACGGUAGCAACACCGGUAGCAACGUCGGCUGCUCCGGCACGGCGGUGUCCUCCAGCACCGGCAAUUCCCCAAACGUCGGGCCGGCCGCCAGCAUGCUCGGCGACAGCAACAGCAUGCCCUCGACCUCGAUGGAGGAGUUGCACGCCCUUCAUCAUCUGCACUCAGGCGUCUCCUCUCAGGUCUCCUUCUCCGACCUCUACUGA